AUGGAAUGGUCAUUGGAUGAUCUUUUGAAAAAGGUUCCAAAUGUUGAAUUUCCAAUUACUUAUCGUGGUGAGGAUAGUCAUGUGGUUGGAGCUGAAUCUGUUUCCAAGAUGAAACUUGGAGAAUUUAUUGGAAAGUGUAGUGAGAUUAAAUCAGCAGAGUUGGAGAAGAAAUCUUGUAUUCGAUACUACUUGUCAGGAAGUAAUUUAUUGGAAGAUCUGAAUGGGGAUAAUGCGAAUGAUGAACUAGUUCAAAUAAGAAAUGAAACUUUGCAAUUUAAACAAUUUAUUGAGGAAAAAUUAUCAGAAACUAAACGAUUGUCCUCUUUAGGAUUUUGGAUUGGUUUGGAUGGACAGAAAACUCAUCUCCACUUUGAUUGUGUAAAUAAUCUCAUGUUGCAAAUUAGAGGAAGAAAGACUUUUCUACUAGUUUCUCCCCAUAAUCAUUUGAAACUUAAUUUACAUUCGUAUAAAUCGUCGAAAGGUCAAGAUAUGGAUGGAGAAAUUUACCGAUUCUCUCAGUAUGAUAUCUUCAAUACGGAAAUUCCAAAAGUUGAAAUAUUUAAAGGAACAAUUGAAAGAGGAGAUUGCAUUUUGAUUCCUUUAGGUUGGUUUCAUGCAGUUUAUUCUGAAGGAGAGGAAACAAAUUAUGGAUCUUACAAUAUUGCCUUAAACGCAUUUUGGAAUGCAACUGAGAGUGAAUGGGAUACAUGGAAACAUUUAAAACUAUUCAGAAAUAAUUAUUAA